AGAGGGCCGGUCGAAGGUGACGCGGUGUUGGCGGAGGUGCGGGGCUCCGCGGCACUCCGGGCGGUGGAUGGCGGUGGGAUGGAGCCCGAGGGGAGCGGCGGCGGCGGGUCGGCCGGGCUCAUGCAGCAGAUCCUCAGCCUGAAGCUCGUGCCACGAGUGGGCAAUGGGACCCUGUGCCCCAACUCCACUUCGCUCUGCUCCUUCCCAGAGAUGUGGUAUGGUGUGUUCCUGUGGGCACUUGUGUCUUCUGUCUUCUUCCAUGUCCCUGCUGGAUUACUGGCCCUCUUCACCCUCAGACAUCACAAAUAUGGUAGGUUCAUGUCUGUAAGCAUCCUGUUGAUGGGCAUCGUGGGACCAAUUACUGCUGGAAUCUUGACAAGUGCAGCAAUUGCUGGGGUUUACCGAGCUGCAGGGAAGGAGAUGAUCCCCUUUGAAGCCCUCACCCUGGGCACUGGACAGACAUUCUGUGUAGUGGUGGUCUCUUUUUUACGGGUUUUAGCCACUCUAUAGCAUAUGGCCUUUCCCUGUGAUGGCACAGCUGCCUUUUAUAGACUCCUUCAAAGACAGAGACAGUGUCGUGGUCUCUUCAUUCCUCAAGUGGAAGCAACUUGGAGGCGCCAGAAGGUAAAGAACACCGCAGCUGUUUCCUCAGUGUGAAGCUCCAGCCACUGAAGACCCCUGUGGACGGACUCCUCUCUUUCUCAGCCAAACCAAGCUCCUUGGCUUUCUCUUCUUGUGGCUGUUUAGGUUUUACAUGCACACCUUUACCUAAGCCAACAAUGCCUGAAGUUUGCAUCUUUCGAACAGGAAUUUGCAUCAUUAUUUGCAAAUAUGCAACAUUGCUGUUUCAUAGAAACAAUGGACAAUGUUGUUUAGUUUUAAGGGCGUAGGCUGCACUGUACUAAAAGCGUAUCGUCAUGACAGUAGGCCGGGUUUCCUGGGCUGAGUAUCGCUCUGGGAACGAACUGGCUGAGUGUAACAGGAAGAAGACCUGAAGUCCAGUUCAAAGUAAUGGCUUUGCUUCCACUGUCAAAAGUAGCUGACCACUGAGAAUGUGACGUUUUAUGGAUAACUAUUUUUGACCUCUGAUUAUUUAAUAUAUUUUAAGAGAUGUGAAUUUAUCAUUUGAUCAAAAUAAGCUAGCUAAUUGAGAUUUCUUAUUUUUUUUAAAGAUACAAGGUCUUGCUUUGUUACCCAGGCUGGCCCAAACUCCUGGGCUCACGUGAUCCUCCUGAGUAGCAGGGACAGUAGCAUCACUGUCACACCUAACUGAAGCUCUUUUUCCAAAGAAUUUCCAUGAUGCCUUUACCUGUCACCUUUAAUGCUAUCCAUUUUAUUUAUUUUCUCUGGAAACAUGUUCUUAAGUGGCUUGAGUUGGACUUGAGAACCAGAUAGGUUAAGAUACUCUUUGGACAUUCAGGCAAAAUAAGACACUUACAGGAUUCUGUUACAGUUUUCUUCCUGACUUUAGUUUAUUUGAUGACUCCAAAACUUGCAGCCGAAAUGAGUUAGGGGCCAUUGGUUCCUUUCAUGUUUACCUAGCAGUGGUCCCUCAGCCCACUUUUGCAGUAUUGGAGUAUCAACUCCCAGAAAGUGCCUAAAACUUCCUCUUCAUAUACAUCCCAUCUGGUCUUUUUAUUUUUAUUCAAGAGAAUUUUUAUCCUUAAAGAGACAUAGUUUUAAACCUAAUUUUAGCUGUUUUAGUUUUUAACUCUACUGCUUAUCCUUGUUUUUCAUUAAAAAGGCCUGUAAACUGUGACCUUCAGAAGGGAAAGGGUGUAAAUGUGUGCACCUUCCAUCAUUGUAACGGUUUUGUAAAAAGUACAAUGUUCUUGUUGUUACCCGUUUUCAAAGUAGCUUCUGGUAAUUAACUCUGACAUUUUUAAAGGCAAAUUUUCAUUGAGAGAUUAAGGCUGUCAUCCUAUGAGGACAAAAAUGUAUCUUAAAGUAAUAUGCUUUUGGCUUCUGGUUAAAAAUAGCCAGGAGGCGGCCAGCAAGAUGGUUCAGCAGGUCAAGGUACUUCCCCUCUAACCUAAGUUUGAUUCUCAGGACCCACAUGGUGGAAGGAGAGAACCAACUCCUGCAAGUUGUCCUCUGACCUCUAUAUGCUGUUCACACACACACACACACACACACACACACACACACACACAAAUUGAUACACGUAAUUAAUUUAAAAGAAAAUUUUUUAAUAAUGAAGAGGACGUCUGUGGGUGCCUGCACUUAUGUGCACACACUCCCUGUCCCCCACGUGCACAGCAUUUUAAAAUGAGAUAAAAUAGCCAAGAGGGUCAGUUUACCCAGGAAUGGCAAGGGGAAAGAUGCAGGGAUGGCCGCAAAAAAUAACUGGUUCUUCCCACUUGUUAAAACUGUAGUGACAGAUCGGCUUUGGCAGACAAUUAAAGUGCAAAUAAAUGGCUCUUAAUAUUCACCAGAAAUAAGAGCAAAUUUUUCUUCCAACAAAAGCUUUUCAUUUUUGGUCUCAGGGGCUGUGAAUUUGGAAAGCGUUCUUUCGGUUGGAGAAACUGGAGCGUGGUACCCUGCAUUCUGGGAAAUGACAGCAUCGUCUAUGGAAGGACGCCUUAGAGUCCUCACUAAACAUUCUUGGGGAUAUAAUUUCACACCCUAAGCACAUAGAUGAAUCAGUGCUGAGCUGUUCCCCCUAAAUAAUAACUUCUGAACAUAUUCACCCAUGAUUAAAAUGUUAUUAUUUGUAUUUACAACCAAGACACAAAAGUUAGGGGGUUCUGAAGGGUGUUUUUGCUUCCAUCUGAUUCUUGUGUAUAUUUUAUCUGCUCUCUAAAAAAAGAAAACCAAAAACUUGAGCUGUAAAAUGUAUCUUCAAAUUACCGAGUGUGUCCUCUAGCCCAGUGUGUAUGAAGCACUCUUUGUGAAUAAAUGCAUAUAAACUAUA